GUCAAAGACACAAGACUUGCUGAUGCAGACCAAAACAUCUGAUGGAGUUCAGGGUCCUUCAGGGAAAGUCUGAGUUUUAUGUGAGGAGCAGCAACAUGUCUGAGGUUUUUGAUAAGGAGAGGUUUAGAGGACUGCUGGACAUGAGCUCGUUAUAAAAACACUCCGCAGGGACGAGGACACCCACACCUGGACAGAAACAGGUGCUCACUGUGAAGACUUCACCAUCAUGAUGGAGAAACUGAAGCACACGGCUCCACCUGCCUCACCUCACCAACUACCUUGCCCUGCCUCCCCUUCUUCAUCGUCUGCCUCCUCAUCGUCCUGUCGGUCCGUGGAGCAGCACAGUCCCCUGCAGGACUCAGACUCAGCAUCUCUGGAGCUCCGGAGAACCUCACAUCCUGUGAAAUCAAGGCACACAGGGAAGGUCUCCACUUCAGCUCAACCUCCCAUCAUCCUGGUAACCAGUCACCAAGACGGUACAGCUGAUGCACCUGAGCCUGUCGCUAUGGAGACGGUGCUGGAGAACGAGGCAGACAAACUAAAAAUCACGUCUGCCGCUCCGACUGAUGGGUCGCCAAGUCUUUCCUCUCCACCUCCGCUCCUCCCAGCACCAGCCAAGACUUCUCCGUGUUCUCUAACACCUCCGUCCUUCAUCACAGCUGCCCCACUAUCAUCAUCAUCUCCUCUCCCUCCACACAUUCCAGUCAUCAGCCUCGGUCACAGCAAGCCCCCCCUGCCGCUCCCCAACACUCCUCUGACCGCCCUGCACCCGAUCCCUAACCUCAGGCACGGGCCCCACGGGGACGCCCGGCGCAGCCAGCAAAGUGCUUUAUCCACGGUUGGCCCUGUACCUUCAGGAUUAUUUGGGGGGCCUGGAGGCCCAUCAGCUCCUCUCGGGCCCCUGUUGGCUCAGCAGUACCUGUCUGCACACACUUUCCUCACCAGUUCCUACCUGGGACCUUCAGGGGGAACCUUCGAUGUCGUCAACAACAGCCGCAUGAAGAGAAGGCCGUCAUCGCACUUCGAGAUGGAGAUCCAUGACUGUCCUCCUCAGAAACUCGCCCGUCGGGUCUUCACCAACAGCCGUGAGCGCUGGCGGCAGCAGAACGUCAACGGGGCUUUUUCUGAGCUCAGGAAACUGAUCCCGACACACCCGCCUGACAAGAAGCUCAGCAAAAAUGAAAUCCUGCGUCUGGCUGUGAGGUACAUCGACUUCCUCGUUACUCUGCUGAACGACCAGGCUGAGGACAAGAGCAGGGACUCGGGUGGGGAUGACGCUGAGGACGCUGCCCGGUUGGACAUGAAAAGACAAAAGUCUCUUUUUCAACGUGAGACGUCCCGUCCUGCCUCGGUGACGGCCCACAGAGACUCAGCUGACUCAGCCAACGGCCUGGCUCAUUCCCCCGCAACAUCAAGCUGCUAUGAAGACACGGACAGCGAGGAGAGGUACGGGGCAAACGCCUCUGUGCUGACCCGGGGCAUUAUGGGAAAGGUCAAGGGUCAGAUAAGGCUGGUCGCUGGAAAUGACGAGCAGUGACGUCUGUAGACGGCAGGCAAAUGUCACGCUGACAGACUGGAAGAUAAAAGUACAGGAGGCCGAGUGGAUCAGUUACAGUGUGAAGAAGAGUUGCAUUGUGGGUGAAGUUUUUGACGGGUUGUGUUUUUCUACAGGAAUGUGUGAACAGUGAGUGUGAGAUCCUGAGCCGUGUCUUUGAGGCCGGGCGAGGCAAGAAAACUUCAAUAAAGCAAUAAAACCAGAUGUAUCUGA